AGGUGCAAGUAUAACCAUCAACGGUCCAAUCAAGUUCUCAGAGAGAGAGCGUGUGAGACUGAGAAAGAAAGAGAUGGGGAGAGGAUAGCAGAGAUGACAGUGCGAACUGACAGAGUGUCAACAGUUUUCUGAGUUCAAAGACAAAAACAACGAUGAGAAAAUGGACAAAGAAGAAACUCUGGACUGGAUCCUUCCACCUGAUUACAACCACGCUGAGGCUGAAGCCAAACACCUUCUCUACGAGUGUGAUUCCAAAAAGGACGGGAAGCUGACCAAGGAGGAAAUCCUGGACAAUUAUAAGGUGUUUGUUGGGGGUCAGAUUACAGACUUUGGAGAGGUGUUAUUGCAACACGAUGAGUUUUAAAAAAGCAGCUGAAUUUCAGACAAAAAAACUGUGCAUAUAUGUUUAUAGUGUAUUGAUCAUUUGGAUCUUUCUCUUGGUCUUGUUUAUAUAUUUUAUCUUUUGUCCUGCCACAGUUUGUUAUUCAUGUACUGAAGCUGAGUAACUGAUCUGUACUGUAACACAACAUUUGAUGAUAUUGUUCAAAUUGUUUACCAUGUUUUUAAUUUUGCUUAUUAUGUGUAGUUUUACUGUAUAUUUAUCAUAUUUAUCAAAACCAGUAAAGCCCAAACCCAAAGUAUUACACAGGUGUAGGUUCUCGAAAACAGUUUUUUUCUUCAAAUGCUGAGCAGUCAAAGUCCUUUUGUUCCAAAUAUUAAAAAGCUUUAGAUGAAUUCCGUUCUUUCCUUAUCAACAUUUCUGUGAUGUUAGCUGAAGAGAAACAAAAACACAGGAACCGAAACAGUCGAGAUUUCAUUCUAACUUGAGCCCAUUUGGCAAAAUUGCACAACUACAAACAUCAAUUAAAUCAAUUAAAAACUAAGUCUUUAGAAAGUUUUAUAUUCCUGAUUGGAAAUUUUAAAUCGGAUAAAACUGAGCAUCAGUAUGAUGGUCUCCAAUACACAACGUAUUUAUUCUAGUAUAAAGGCAUUACAGUACAUAAUCAUUACUUUGCAACAAAACUACAGGUUUGAUUUGUCUCAUCUCACCAGCCUCACUAAAGAAUAUUCAACUGAAAGUUUUUUUUAUUUUACGUCUCGAUGAAAAUAUAUCUGUGUGACUUGAUGGAUUUUGAAGAAGUUCUUUUGUUCGUGUAAUUACUGUCAGAUACAGAGAGUUACGCAAUUUGUCUAUCGGGAGUGCCCCUCCAUCCCCACAUGACUGAGCGGAACUAAUGUUUGUCUUUGUGUUUCCUGCCGGGGAAGGAUCGUGGUUGCACGCGGGAAGCCUGCGAGAUGGCGGUCGACAGUGAGACCGUUUAGGACUGCUUCGAAUCCUUUGAGUUGGGGAAUUUCCUGCCUUUUCUCAUUCGUGCUUCAGAUACGAGGAAUGGAGGGGGGCAAACCGAGCCUGGCUCUGGUCUAUCAGGCGGUCCAGGCCCUGUAUCAUGAUCCGGACCCGGCCGGGAAGGAGCGAGCGUCGGUGUGGCUUGGCGAGCUCCAGAGAUCGAUGUACGCAUGGGAGAUCUCUGACCAGCUGCUGCAGCUCAAACAGGAUGUGGAGUCCUGUUACUUUGCGGCUCAGACUAUGAAAGUGAAGAUCCAGACCUCGUUCUAUGAGCUCCCACCUGAGACACACAACGCUCUGAGAGACUCGCUGCUGACCCACAUACAGAACCUCAAAGACUUGUCCCCAAUCAUUGUCACUCAGCUUGCGCUGGCGAUUGCGGACCUUGCACUGCAGAUGGCCUCCUGGAAAGGAUGUGUUCAUACGCUCAUAGAAAAGUACAACAAUGACAUCAGCUCAAUGCCAUUUCUCAUUGAGAUUCUCACAGUUCUGCCAGAGGAGGUUCACAGUCGGUCUCUGAGGAUCGGAGCCAAUCGGAGGACAGAAAUCAUUGAAGACCUGGCUUUUUACUCCAGCACUGUGGUGACUUUGUUGACAACAUGUGUGGAAAAGACAGGCAAUGAUGAAAAGAUGCUCAUCAAGGUGUUUCGGUGUCUGGGCAGCUGGUUCAACCUGGGAGUACUCGACAGUAACUUCAUGGCCAGUAACCAGCUGCUUAUGGUCCUCUUCCAAGUCUUGCAAAGGGAUGAAACCCCCACCAACCUCCACGAGGCGGCAUCAGACUGUGUGUGCUCAGCUCUCUAUGCCAUAGAAAACGUAGACACCAACAUGGGGCUAGCACUGCAGCUCUUCCAGGGUGUCCUGACGCUAGAGACGGCUUAUCAUAUGGCUGUAGCUCGAGAAGACCUUGAUAAAGUGCUGAAUUACUGCAGGAUCUUCACUGAACUCUGUGAGACUUUCUUAGAGACGACAGUGAGGAGUCCAGGACAGGGGAUGGGAGACCUAAGGACUCUAGAGCUGCUGCUUAUCUGUGCAGGACACCCACAGUAUGAGGUUGUUGAGAUUUCUUUUAACUUCUGGUACCGCCUUGGAGAACAUCUUUACAAAAUCAACGACGCAGCCCUUCACAACAUCUUCAGACCGUACAUACAGAGAUUGCUGCACUGUUUGGCUAGACACUGUCAGCUUGAUCCAGAUCACGAGGGAAUCCCAGAAGACACGGAUGACUUUGGCGAGUUCAGGAUGAGAGUCUCAGACCUUGUUAAAGAUGUCAUCUUUCUCGUUGGGUCCAUGGAGUGCUUCUCUCAGUUGUAUUCCACGUUGAAAGAGGGAAACCCUCCCUGGGAAGUAACGGAGGCUGUUCUCUUUAUCAUGGCUGCAAUUGCAAAAAGUGUUGACCCAGAGAACAACCCAACUCUGUCAGAGGUUCUGCAGCAGGUGGUGUUGCUUCCUGAAAGCGUGCACAUGGCUGUCCGGUACACAAGCAUCGAGCUGGUUGGAGAGAUGAGCGAGGUCGUGGACAGAAACCCUAGAUUUCUUGACCCAGUUCUGAACUACCUGAUGAAGGGUCUCAGAGAAAAGCCUUUGGCAUCUGCGGCAGCCAAGGCAAUCCACAACAUCUGCUCUGUCUGCAGAGACCAUAUGGCUCAACACUUCCACGGGUUGCUGGAAAUUGCUCGCUCCCUUGACUCCUUUGCUCUGAGCACUGAAGCAGCUGUUGGGCUGCUCAAAGGAACAGCUUUGGUUCUGGCUCGUCUUCCGCUGGGGAAAAUUGCUGAGUGUCUCAGUGACCUGUGUGCUGUUCAGGUUGUAGCUCUGAAAAAGCUCUUGACUGAAGAGUCUACCAAUGGGAAAUCAGCUGAUCCCACCGUGUGGCUUGACAGACUGGCUGUUAUCUUCAGACACACAAACCCCAUUGUAGAGAAUGGGCAGACUCACCCAUGUCAGAAAGUCAUCCAGGAGAUUUGGCCGGUUCUAUCAGAGACCCUGAACACUCAUCAGGCUGAUAACAGGAUUGUGGAGCGAUGCUGUCGCUGUCUCAGGUUCGCUGUCCGGUGUGUUGGGAAAGGCUCCGCCUCCCUGCUGCAGCCCCUUGUCACUCAGAUGGUCAGCGUGUACCAGGUAUAUCCACACUCGUGCUUCUUGUACCUGGGCAGCAUCCUAGUGGAUGAGUACGGCAUGGAGGAGGGCUGCAGGCAGGGACUGCUGGACAUGCUGCAGGCUCUGUGCAUGCCAACCUUUCAGCUUUUGGAGCAGCCGAAUGGUUUGAGGAACCACCCAGACACUGUGGAUGACCUCUUCAGACUGGCCACCAGGUUUGUCCAGAGAAGUCCCGUAACUUUACUGAGCAGCAGCAUCAUUGUUCACAUCAUCCAGUGUGCCAUCGCUGCAACGUCCCUCGACCACCGAGAUGCCAACUGCAGCGUCAUGAAGUUUGUCCGAGACCUGGUCCACACAGGGGUGGCCAACGAUCACGAGGAAGACUUUGAAGUGAGGAAGCAGCUGAUUGGUCAGGCCAUGGGGCAGCACGGGCAGCAGCUCAUCACUCAGCUCAUGCAUUCGUGUUGUUUCUGUCUGCCACCGUACACACUGCCCGAUGUUGCCGAGGUGCUGUGGGAGGUCAUGGUGUUUGACAGACCUACGUUCUGUCGCUGGUUGGAAAAUGCUCUGAAAGGUUUACCUAAGGAGACGUCAGGAGGAGCUGUGACAGUCACUCACAAACAACUCACCGACUUCCAUAAACAGGUCACCAGUGCUGAAGAGUGUAAACAAGUGUGUUGGGCUAUCAGAGAGUUCACCAGGCUGUUCCGAUAGCCACAUAAUACCAGGUGAGAGGUUUUGAUGUUCAGAGAAGACGCUGCAGACGAGGAUCCAAAGGGAUGAGGAUGAAGAUGAAGAUAAGACUUUGAAUGUGAAGCAGGACAAUUUGCUCUGAAAGACUAAUAGUGAGGACUAAGUCCUCCCCCUAACCUCACCUGUCGUCAGCUAUGUGGGCGGAGUCAGGACAGGUUCACUAAGUGAACUGUUGUGGAUCAAUUCUUCACUGGAAUGAUGUGCCUGGCAGCAAUUUUUAAGAGAAGAUUUAUUUUGGACUUGUGAUGUUUUUGUCCGUGCCAUAAGGGGAGCUGAGAGAUUUCCCAUGAUGCUCUUGGGCUGAGUAACGGGUUUGACGUCACCUUUGACUUUUUUAACCUUGGUUGAAUUUUAGUUGUUUUUCACAGAGAGGACUCUGCUGAGACACCGCGAUGGGGGAUGUAGCCUCGUUGUAAACAAUAAAACAACUGAAACAAGG